UGAGAAGAAUAUUUGUACUGCCUGUCUCCUAGGGUGGUUGUAAGCUACAUAACUCAAGAGAAAUGGAAAUUAUUGGGCAGCCAGAUGUUUCAAUAAAUAGAGCUUUGUUAGGGGGCAGCUGGGUGGCUCAGUGGAUUGAGAGCUAAGAGCCAGGCCCCAUGACAGGAGGUCCUGGGUUCAAAUCUGGAUCCAGACACUUCCCAGCUGGGUGACCCUAGAUAAGUCACUUGACCCCCAUUGCCUAGCCCUUACCACUCUUCUGCCUUGGAACCAAUACACAGUAGUGAUUCCAAGAUGGAAGGUAAGGGUUUAAAAAAAAUAGAUAGAGCUGUUGACCUGGAGUCAGAAAGACCUCAGUUCAGAGCCAAUUUAUUUUCUUUUACAUGUGUGGAGGGUUGGGGGUGAGCUCAGAGUGUUUCUUACUCUACUAUCUUAGUUUCCCAGCAUCAGAAAGACCUGAGUUCAAAUCCAGCCUCAAUACUUACCAGUUGUGUAAUCUUGGGCAACUCACUUAACAUCCGUGCCCGGUUUCCUCUUCUGUAUAAUGGAGUUAAUAAUGGCACCUACCUUACAAGGUUUAGUGAGGACCAAAUGAGAUAUUAAUCAAAAAAUUCUUAGCCUAGUGCCCACCACAUGAUAAGCACUUUAUAAAUGGGAGCUGUUGUUAUUAUUUAAAGGGUGGGUUUGUUGGGAGUACAGAAGCAAGAUGGCAGACCCAAUGCUGUUUUAGACUAAGAAGGCAAGAAUCCACCCCAGUGCCUAGUUUCUAUGAAUACUGAUGCUGUGCUGGUGGGAAGGGCAGGAGGGAUUGUCUUAAUCAAUUACUCAACCAGUUUUCAUCUGUAAAAUGAGGGAGUUGGACUCAGUGGUCCUCAAGGCCAUUGGCCAUUCCUAUGGCCUCUUCUUGCUUUAAAUAUGGAGCCUCUCAACAGAUAGAUAGCAACUAUGGCUUCCCUCGCCUCGUCUCUAUGUUCCCCUUAGAAGUCUUGGAGCAGAAGCUGGUUGCCCACUUGUUGGGGUUGACCAUUCUUGCUCAGACAUCAGUUGGGACAGACGCCUCUUAGACCCCCACCCGCUCCGAAUUCUGGGAUCCCUCCUCGGAACAUCCAGCUCUCUUUUCUCCAUAAAGAAUUUCCCAGUUGAUUCUCAGCUCCUUCUGUGCAAUGGCCCUUCUCUGUGGAAUUGUGGGACUUCAGAGUUGGGAGACGCCUGAAUAACCAUCUUGUCUAGUCAAGACCUGAAUAAACAGCAACGGCAACAAGCCAAACAGGCGGUCCUGCCGAGAUCUCCUGCCUCUCUGGAUCCUUUUGUCUGUCUUUUCAACCCAAGACAUCCUUCUAAUGUUUUCAGGAGCACUUUAUUGACAGUUACUUUACUGUGAUUAUUUCCUGUUCAUGUCACUUUUAUAGGCAGUGGAAUUCAGCUAGUCAAACCAACAAUAGCACCUACUAUGUGCAGGGACCUAAGCUGCACAGAAAGACCGUAAUGAUCAUUUUUUCUGACUGGAUAGACUUGCUGGAGAGCAGAAGCACCUUUGGGACAGCUCCAGGAAUGGACUAGACUAUGGGGAAGCUCUGGCCAGCCUGCUGUUCCCAGGGCGAAUGUUCUUGUUCAGACUUGCCCAGGGAUUUAGCUGAGGAGGAAAUGCCCUCUGCUAAGAGAGAUGGCGCACUGCCCUCUUGGUCCUGGCUUCAUUCUCUCCUGAGCGCUUUCCCCUCUCCCAGAGGAAAGCCCACCUUGUGCUGUGAAGGGAAGCUUCCCAUUGGUUUUCCCCCCUCUGAUGGGAAUCUUGAAGAAUCUCAAGUGCCAGGCAGGGGCCAAUCUGCAGUCCCCUCAGAGGCACUGAGGGGUGGUACAACUUGCCCCAGGGUCCAGCCAGGAGUUAAACUAGGGCGGGAGGCUGGCUCUUCACUGAUCAGCCUGUGGUUGAGUUGUUUCAGUCAUGGCUGUCUCUUCAUGACCCCAUUUGGAGCUUUCUUGGCAAGGAUACCAGAGGGGUUUGCCAUUUCCUUCUCCAGCCCAUUUUACAGACAAGGAAACUGAGGCAAACAGGGGUAAGUGACUCGCCCAGGGUCACACGUCUAGACUGGAUUUAAACUUGGGAAGAUGAGUCUUCCUGAUUCUAGGCGCAGCAUUCCAUCCACCGUGUCACGCCGCUAUUGUUACCACUAGCUGCCCUUUCCCACUUGACUAAGGAAAUCUUGGGUGUCUUCUGCAAUGAGAUGUAUGUCUCCCAGCAGCCUCUGUUCCCUUCAUCGUCUCCUGGGCAGCUCCUUCCCCUCCCCCAAAGGAAAGCCCAACGUUCAUACGCUCUCGGGGUAUUUGUAGGAGGGAACGAGAGCGAUUUAUCUGUUUUGGAGGCAGAAUGGAAGAGGGUCGUCUGUCAACACACACGUGCGCCGGCUUCCACGCUAAGAGCUCCGGGAUACGAGAGAUGCUGCUUCCUCCUCCGGGUUGCAGAGCCAGUGAUGAGCCACAGACGGAAGGGGCCUCCGAGCUCAGCAAUCCCAACCCCCUCAUUUUAUUAGUAAGGAAAAGGAGGGUCCAGAUUGGGGAAGAGACUCACAUGAGCAACCCAGGCGUGUUUCUCAGGGUUCUACCCACCGGGGCUCCCUCCAGUCUCUGGCGUCGCCCCAGGGUUGUGAUCGCCCGCAUGAUGCCUCUCCAGAGACCCAGACCGCCGGUCUGCUGAGCUGCUGACCCGGAGGCCACGUUCCCCAACGGAAGAGUCCCUAGAGAAAGCUGAAGCACUGCUGGGAGAAUCUGUGUCAUCGUGGACGAGUGACAGCUUCCCCGGGCCUCAGUUUCCUUAUCUGUAAAACGGCGUGGCCUCUCAGGUCUACAGUCUUCUGCCUAUGAUCCGACUGGGUGCCGGGCACCGUGAUGCGCCCUCGAGAUGCCAAGACAAAAAUGAAUCCAUUCUGGCCCUCCGUCUUGCAUUCGGUCAAGGAAAGCAGCCUCUCCAGCUAGGAGGAGCUACUAGAAAUGGGUUAAUACAGUAAACGAAGCAAGGUAACUCAGGGGGGCUGAGUGAGGAGGCGGCCUUUGGACUGAGCUUUGAAGGAGGCGGGAAUGUGUGCAUGAUGGACUCUGCCAAGAGAUGGAACAUUAGGGAGGAAGACCAGCAAACAGGCCAGUUUGGCUGAACUGUGAAAGAGAGUAAAGUGGAAUCUGGAGAUGCGGCCAGGGAGAUCGUGAGGGGCAUCAAAGGUGUUUGUAGUUGAUCCUGAGGGACAUAGGGAAUCAUUGAAGCUUCUUGAGCAGGGGAGUAGCAUGCAUAGAACUGUGCGAGCUUAGUGCAUCACGGCAGCAGUUAUGAGGACAUGAGGUGGCCUCCAGGGCUUUUAAGAGCCUCUCUUGAAGGGGGAAGGUUCUGGGGUUCCAUGCAUGUAGCCCCAGGAGACUGAACACUUGGUUUUGUGUGUUUGUUGAUGGAGGGACUAAAGCAGCUAAGCUCGUGGCUCCUGGCCCUGACAGUAGAGCUGCGGGAUUCUCUGCAGCCCUCCAUGGGCUGUGGGAGGGGGCCUGACUGCCCCCUCCCAUUCCAUCUGUUCUGUCUGUCUCGAAAGCUUCAUCUCUGUGUGCCGACUGGACCGGAUCCGCCUCUCCUCAGGGAGGUCGUCUCUGCCUCACGAUGGGGUUUUCCAGCCUCCCAGCAAUCCCUCUUUCCUAUUAUUUCUCAGGGGUUCCCGGCAGGCUCUUCCCCUUGGCCCCAGCCCCUCCCACGUGUGUGUUCAGAUGUCCCAGAUAUCCUGCGUGGGGCAGGAGGAGGCUGGCCAGCAGAGGGGGCAGAGAUGAGACAACAACAACCACCACAAGGUGGGCGCCCCACCAAGGCUCUCCCAGCCCCCCUCUAGGACCUCCAUUUAUCCUUCUAGCCUUUAUCCCCUGGCCCUGAGAUCUGGUUGGUACCAGCUGUCAGAGUGCUGACAUCCCCGCUAGUCUGAGUGCUUGGAGAAGGCGGACUGCCCCAGGGCUUAGCAUGCAGUAGGCACUUAAUAAAUGCCUGUUAUCCCCCUGAAGUGCCUUACAGACCAUCUAGUUUGGGGCCCUUAUUUUACAAAAGAAGACGCUGAGGUCCGGGGAAAUGAUUUGCCCAAACGUCUAGGUAGCCAAUCAGCAGAGAGAAGAGCUUCCCCAAGACUCAGGAGUUGAAGAUUUUCCCACCAUCCCUCAGGGAUGCCCAAAGUAGGGAGCCAAAGGGAACUCCAUCGGUCCCUCAGACCCUGGCUGCUCUCCUAGCACCGACCCUGGAGCCUAACCCUCAGACCACCCCCAUGGCCCGCCCCCACCUCCAUUCUCCUGAUCUCCCCCCAGAUUCCUGAUCGGUCCCCUGCUCCUUCAUGUGGGCUCCCUGGCCCAUAGCCAUAGAAGCUGACUCUCCUGACACAGAAGCCUCUCUGCCUGUUAGCCUUGGCCCUGGAGGGUAUCUCCCAGGCCAGGCAGGAAUCCUCUCCUGCACACACACCAGCCUCAUCCUCCAGCCCAGGACCAAGGAGCCAACGUGCCUUUUGUUGAAGAUCUCCCUGAAUAGCCCAUGGUGAGCAACAUUAGAUGUGGAGCCAGGGCAGUUUACUAACUGUGUGACCUUGGACAAGUCAUUUCCUCUCCUUAGUCCUUAGUUUCCAAAAGGGGUCUGUCGGCUUAGAUCUGUGGAUGAAGCACUGAACUUGACUUGGAUCCGGAAUAAUAACAGCUAAAAACUACCAUUAUAAGAUACUUUAACGUUUGCAAAUCUCCUUUUUUUUUUUUAAACGUGUUCUCCCAUUUGAGCUUCAUAACAAGCCUGGAGGGGCAGCUGAGUGGUGUAGCAUAUAGAGCCUAGAAUCAGGAAGACCUGAAUUCAAAUCCAGCUUAUUAGUAUGUGACACUUAACCCUCUUUGCCUCAAUUUCCUCAUCUGUAAAAUGAAAAGGAAACGACAAGCCCCCGAUCUUUCUGCCCCCUCAGCCGUCCCCCAUCCCCCCUUCUUUCACAAUCCGCCGGGCUUGGCAGCGUUGUCGGGAGAGAAAGGGCAAUGCGGCUCCGGGCUGUCCAGCCCACACCUCCUCCAGAGAGCGUGGCUGGAAUGGGUGGAGGCCAGGGAGCGGCAGUCAGCUGAUCAUUCCCACCCGGAGCCCGGGACCCGGACUUGGGUCCCCAGUCCGCCGUGCGACCUCGGGCGAGCGAGCGAGCGCCUUUCUCUCGGGGCCUGCCUCAGUUUCCCCCUCUGUAAAGUGGGGGCGUUCCCAAGCCCCCUCUCGGCUCUCCGCCGGCGCCGGGCGUCUCUGUGGCACCGGCUGACCUUUCCAUGCCGUUUCCUCCGGGGUGGCCCCUCCCCCACAGGCUCCUCCCCGACUCGGGCAAACCUGAAGAGCCAGCUGGGAGGGCUCGGCCGGCCGGCAGAGGGGACCGGUGCCGCAGCCGCCCGGCAGUCGCAGAGGAGGAAGCGCCCCGCCCGAGCCCUCGUCUACCGAUGGGGGCCCAGAGGCGGCCCAGGGCCGCCCCUCGCCCGAGGGCGCACAGCUAGGGAGCGGCGGAGCCGGCCCCCCUUCCUCCAGGCCCGCGCCAUGCUCCAAGGGCUCCCCGAGGCCAGGGCUCUGCCCCCGGGAGGCGGCUCGGAGGGGCUGCCCGAGGACGACAUCGAAGCGCUCCUGGAGGAGAUGGAUUACCUGCCGGGCCACUUCCACCUGGAGCUGAACCUCAACUUCGAGCCGGGCUGCGCAGCGUCCUUCCGCGGCCGCGACAUGAAGCUCCGGCGGGAGAGCCUGCGGACCGAGCUGGACUUCGAGGCGGGGCCCCUGCGGCACGCCGUGCAGAACCUCCUGGGCGUCUUCUCCCUCCACCUGGAGGAGCUCGAGCAGGCGCGCGAGCUCUUCGUGCAGGUGACCCGGGAGGCUCCGGACAACCUGAACGCCUGGGCCAACCUGGCUCACGUCUACGACCAGCUGGGCCUGGAGCAGGAGGGGGCGCGCUGCGCCGAGAAGCUGUCCGGCCUGAUGGGCCUCGAGGCCCGGGGGGAGGGGCCCCCCGAGGGCGACCUCCGGCUCAGGGCCGCCCGCUGCCUGGCCGAGCAGGGCUACGCCUCGGCUUUCGACGUGGGCUUCGCCAGCGAGAGUGACCAGGCCCAGAAGCUGACCGCCGGCCUCGCCCUCUACGACCAAGGCCUGGCCUACGGGCAGAAGAUCCCGCUGGAGGAGAAACGAGGCUGGUACUUCACAAUGGCAACGCUAUUCCUCAGGCUAGAUGGCAUCUUACUGAAUCAGGGCACUGAGGAGCAGAAGAGGCUGGUUCCCUUUAACCGCACCCUCAAGCUGCUCCGGGAAGUGGUCAAGUCCUCCAGCACCUACCAUCGAGCUCUGGCCUGGUGCUACCUUGGGAUGCUUCUGGAAAGGAAAGACACCUUCUCUACCACCCCUAUGGGGGUGCACGACUGCGGCUACUCGGGGACUGACCCCUUGGACUGUUUCGGCAAGGCCAUAGAUAUUGCCAAGGACAACGUGCCCAUCUUGAACCGGCUGGCCAAGAUUUUCCAUUUCCUGGGGAAGCAAGACAUGGCCAUCGGCACCUGCAACAUGGCCCUGGACAUCCUAGCGGAUCCCGAGCUCAACUGGCAGGCUUACUGCACCAGGGCCAAGAUCCACACCAAAGCAUACCUGCGGGACCUGGAACGGGCCAAGGCUGGCCUUGGAGGCCUGCCAGACAGGAAUCACCUCACAGUGGCCAGGGCUGACUUGGAGGAGGUGGUCAAGGUGUGCCCAGGCCUGAAGAUCUACCUGGACAUUGGUCAGGUCUACUAUUACAUGGGAGUGGACGCCGUGAAGGAGCUCCUGGCCGUGGACGAGGCGGCCCUGAACAAGGCUUUGGUCUUCUUCGCCAAAGCCAUGGAGUACGACAUGGGGGAGACGCUGCCCGAGAUCCAGCUGCUGCGAGGGAAGUGCCUGCGGAUCAAGGGCGAGGAGCCCAACGCCGUGGAGUGCUUCAAGCGCGCCAUCGAGCUGGAUGACAGUGGCUCCCGCCACAGCGACGCUUUCCGCUGCCUCCUCGAGACGCUGCUGGCCCUACUGGGCCAGGCGAGGCUGAGCGCCGGCGAGCUGGGCCGGGAGGUGGAGCUGUGGGUGAGCAAGGCCCAGGGCAAGUACCCGGCCGAGCGGGUGAGGCAGGAGCUGCGGCGCGUGUGCCGCAGCCACCCGGCUGAGGUGGUGGCGCUCUCCAAGGCCCUGGUGGCGCAGGGCCGGCUGCAGCUGGUGCGGCUGCUCUUCGACAGCAUGGGCAGCAGUUGGACGGAGCCGCGGCCGAGUGACCGCUCCCUCUCCUGCUGACCUGGUACAUCCUUUGUACAGAUGAGGAAACUGAGGCUCAUUGAAAGAAAUCCAUACAGCUAGUUGGGCAGCUGGGUGGUGACAUACAUUGUAAAAAUGGAGAUUUGAACCCCUUGCGAGUUCCCAAAUUGUCUUCUAAUCUCCCUGAAUCUCCCUGAGUUCAAGAUCACAAAUUAUUAUUUAAAGGGACUCCGCCUACUGCUCGCUCUCUUGGCUUCUGCAUCUGGGCUCAGGCGGCUCUACCAGGCAGGAUGUAGAGUGAGUGAUUGUGAAUGGGCUCUCUGGGCCUAGACACAUGCUUUCUUAUUUUGUAUUUUCUUUAAUUCUUAAUCUUUAAUAAAGCUCUAAAAAAUAUAA